CUCGCCCCGACCCGGCCCGGGAGGGCACCAUGCGCCGGGAGAGCGACUGCGCGGAGGAGAAGGCUCCCGCCAAGGGGGACGGGGCUGCGGAGUGCGCCAUGCGAGCCCGCAAGAGGAAAGCCGAUGUGGCCACGUUCCUGCAGGAUCCUGAUGAAGAAGUUGCCAAAAUGGAGAUGACUAGAAAAAAGCAGUAUGAAAACCAGCCAUCCUGGGAUAACGUUCACAAAAAUGCCCAUAUGCUGAUUCCUACUCCAGAUAAAGAUGAUGAUCCAGUUGGUGUUGAUUACUCUCGCUUUAUACAUCUAAGUGUUGUUCCAACUAGAGCUUCACCAUUACCAGUUCUAGGUUGGGCAAACAGAGAGGACGUAUGGAAAAACAUGAUAAACAAAGAAGAGACGUAUGUAAGGGAUAAACUUUAUAUGCAGAGGCACCCUCUCCUGCAACCGAAAAUGAGAACAAUCCUUCUAGACUGGCUAAUGGAGGUUUGUGAAGUCUACAAGCUUCAUAGAGAAACUUUUUAUUUAGCACAAGAUUUCUUUGAUCGGUUUAUGGCAACACAACAGAAUGUUGUAAAAACACUAUUGCAGCUUAUUGGUAUCUCUUCUUUAUUCAUAGCAGCAAAGCUUGAGGAAAUUUAUCCACCAAAGUUGCACCAGUUUGCUUAUGUUACAGAUGGAGCUUGUACAGAAGAUGAAAUCCUCAGUAUGGAAUUGAUCAUUAUGAAGGCUCUUAACUGGAACUUAAAUCCACUGACAGUUGUAUCAUGGCUAAACAUUUACAUGCAAGUUGCAUAUUUAAAUGAGCUUUAUGAGGUAUUGCAGCCACAAUAUCCACAGCAAAUAUUUGUACAAAUAGCAGAGCUCUUGGAUCUCUGUGUGCUGGAUAUUGGCUGCUUGGAAUAUACAUACGGAGUACUUGCAGCUUCUGCUUUGUAUCACUUCUCCUCAUCUGAGUUGAUGCAGAAAGUUUCAGGUUAUGAAUGGUGUGAGAUAGAGGAAUGUGUAAAAUGGAUGGUUCCAUUUGCAAUGGCUAUAAGGGAAGUAGGAAGCUCCAAACUCAAACACUUUAGAGGUAUAGCUCCUGAAGACUUGCACAAUAUACAGACGCACAUAAACAGCUUGGAUUUGCUGGACAAAGCUCAAGCAAAACAAGCCAUAUUGGCUGAGCAAAAUAGGACUUCACCUUUCCCCACUGGUGUCCUUACACCACCACAAAGUAGUAAGAAACAGUCUUCUGGACUGAAGCCAAUAUGACCUUAGAAACUGUUGACAGACAAUUUUGCUGAAGUGCCUGUUCUGCUGGUUCUAACUCCUGCUCCAUUACAGAAAUGCUGCCAGUGAAGUUCAUAAGCUUUUAUGGAAUCUGAAAAGGAAACCUUAAUUUUUUUGUGACAGAAGAACUUUUCUAUUUGAAAUAUUUUUAUUGAACAUUAAAAUAUUUUAAAGAAAUGGAUCAAGUACACCAGCCACUUAAAAGAACACCGAAGAGUGCUCCAAAUGCUGCUACGGAGGGUGAUGCUUGAUGUGACCAACUGUUCAGAAAAAGGGCUUGAAGUUUAGAUUAGUUACUGUGCCUGUUUGUCCUUUGGAUAAUCUGCAGUCAUACUGUCCCCGGUUGACAAAUGGGCAAAAAGUGCUGUGGAAGACAACAUUUCAAAGCCUCUUUUUCAAAUGGUUGGCUUACAACUUGAUGCCUUU